AUGCCCUCCGUUGUGCCCUGGAGAUUCCUGCUGAACCCCCUGAACGACAGUCUAACAUUUUAUACAACUUUUAGGCAGGCUGUUGUCACUGGUGUUUGGUCUAAUCUCUCCGUUUCGGGGAGGGAACGGUAUCUUAAAGGUGCAAGCUUUCACUUGCAAUACAGAAUCAAUGAUUUAGACUUGGAAACUUGUAUUAAUUGUUUCAACUCAAUUUAUCACAAUAAGAUACCAUUAUAUUUGGCAUUAAAAUCGAUAGUUAACAGGUGUUUUACAUUGUUAAAUACUGUUGAUAUAUCACAAUGGCAAUUUUUGGAAUUGCCUCAGCAAAUUUUCGAGGAUUACACACAUGAGAAUGAUGAUCAAAUGCUGAAGCAUCUAUUGGUGGGGGAAAUAAUCUACAAACUAUCCAGUUUACAUGGAAUAUACGAUGUUAAUGCUAGUGUAUCUAGUGCAUUUGAUCAUUGGUUAAAUAAUUUUGGUAAAAUUAAUGAUAAGAGGCACUUGUUGUUGUCUAUUUUUAUGUGUACAAAUGCUAAUAGUGACAGCGUCAUUAUGACACUAACUAAAUAUAUCGCCCAAUUGACUAGUGAAAGUUUUGAUAAUAUUGGUGACAAGUACUUGCUAAUGUACAUUAUUGCUAAAUUAUCUCACGUAAAUAGUAAAUCCCGUGGCAAAUUUAACAUAUAUAACUUCACUAAUUACAUUCAAGAUGUAGCAAAUAUAUCAGCUGACGGUAUCAAUGAUACAAUAAAAUGCCUUGCGCUAGAAUCAAUUUCCCUGCUAAGGGAACUUCAAAUCAAUAUGAUGGAUCAUGACAGUCAAAUUAACAAGUUAAUCGCAACACAGGAUAACAAUUGUAGUAUUGUUGAAAACAGCGAAUACUUACUACAAAUGCUAGUGAAUUACAACAUUAAAUCUUCAGUGCUUUGGGAGAAAUUUCAAGAAUCAUACAAAAAAAAACCCAUACCUAAUCUUGCGUUAUAUCUCCUUGAUUCGUACAUAAACUAUAGAAGAAAACACAGUUAUUUUAACGAAUCUUUACCGUUAGAAAUUGCUGAUAGGUGUCUAGUUAGUAUUAAAAAUGGCAUGUUAUCAAAAUUCACUAGCAAUAGUAAAGAUAGUAUCGAACUAUUCCUGCAAAUGGCCAAAAAAUAUAGGCAAAUGAUCAAAGGAAGGAUUGUCAAAGUUGAACCAUGUGGAUUGUAUGUCGAAAUACCAACCAAUGACGCAAGCGCUUUCGCAAUUGGUUAUGUAGAUAUAGCCACUUUCCCUAACACUUUUGAGGAAAGAUUAGAUUCUUUUUUUGUGCCAGAAAACCACUUUCACGUAAGGAUAACUUCUAUACCUCCAAAUUAUGACAACAAAAUUAAGUGCGCUAGUGUUGUAAAUAAUCAAGUGUUGAUGAAAUCUAGUAACAAUUUGAUAUCUCUAGAGCCGGCAAACCUGGAUUUCGACACAAACGCUGUUAAGAAAAGGAGAAAUCAACUAAAACAAAAUAAUCAAUUUAACACUAAAAAAUCAAAAGAGGUAGUGUUUAGCAAAGGUGAGAUGGUUAGUGCAACGACAAUUGUUUGCCACGACAGCUAUGAAUGGGCGUUAUUCAAACUACAAUGUCUAAAAACAGGCAUUGAAGCGAUGAAACUUGGCGUUUUGGAUACAAAAAAUAUCAGGGGAGAUCCCAUUGAAAAAUUAAGGCUGCUAAGGAAAAUAGAACAGGGCCAGCCAUUCAGAAUAAAAGUUACAGGGACUGUAGGACCACUGUACUCCCUUAACUAUUCAAAAAUAAUGCAGUGA